AUGAGUUUUGGUGCACAAGAUUUAUUGGAAAUACGAAAUGAUUCGGAAUAUCGGAACUGGCACGCUGUUGGAGAUGCUCUCAUGCUUCUCGGCGAGGGCCUUAGGCAAUAUGCUGAGAAAAAAAUGAUAGAUUUUCAUGCUUUGCUAAUGACAAAUGUCGGAGGAGUCAAAUGUAGUUGCAAGUGCACGCUAGGAAUAAAACCAAACCCUCAUGGACGAGCAACAACUUGUAUUUGGGCCCAGGAAUUGAAGAAACAUCACGUUUUUACAAAGAAAGCUGACAUUCCUUGGCAUCAAAGUGACAGUAGCAAAUGGCACGAUCCUGUUGUUGGUUAUUGGGAGAUUGCAAAGUUGUUUAUGUCGGGUAUAGGAUCUGAUCCGGCCAAAGUUACGGACCCAAAUUCCACAGAUGUUGGUCCUCUACUUAAUUUGUUUAGAUUUUGUAAACACUUUAACGUUCAGGCGCCUAUAUUGAAAGCAGUUACAGAAAGAAGGAAUCAGUGGGCCCAUGCUCCAAAACGGAGAUUUAGUGACGGCGAUAAAAACGCUGCUUUUCAAGACAUUCAAUUGUUAAUGCAUGACCCUGAAUUAGUUGUCAGCAAAGAAGUUCAAGACUUAAAACCAACAAUUAACAAAGUGGAAGCGGCGGAUGUUUUGAUCUUAGAGGAGAAUCAAUUGCGUCUAAUGGAAGAAUAUCGACGAAUUAAGGAAUGCGAGAAUCUUCAGAUGAAAGAGAGAUUGGAUGCUGCAAAUGUGGAAAUACAAGAAAGAAAAUAUGUGAAUAGUUUACUUAGUAAGAGUUCGGUUAUUCUUUCACUACUACUACUGCUUGUAAUGUCUCUUCCUGUGCGUUCGGUUCCCAGUUUGUUGAAUUGGUGUUUGGUAACAGUAUUUUUGAUGUUUUCUCAAGUUGGUGACAAGAGUGGUAUGGUAUCUGAUGAGG